AUGCCUUUUUUGGAUGACGGCCAAAUUUGGACUGUCUCCUUUCUCGUCCGUCCACUGGGGCUCCUUUGCUAUAUGGCCUCAUCAUCGCAGGCUACAGAGCCUACCGCGGCGAGCAGCAGCAGCAGCAGCGGUGGCGGCGGCGGCGGCGGCGGUACUGCGGGACAGGACACGUCGAGCAGCCUCUAUCUAUUUACUUUCCUUGCCACACUGUUCCUGCUGCUGAUAAUAUCUUCCUCCAUUAUUUUGCGGACCUUUGUGAUGCGACGACGCUUACAGCGGCAUAUGGAAGAAGCAAUGGCUCAGGGAGUCAUUCUCGCCCCCCACAAUCAAGGUUCUAGGAAGAAACGGCUGGGGAGGAAACCAAAAAUGUAUGAAGCCUGGAUUGUCCCCGGUCACGGUGCUGAUACCUGGGAGGAUAUGAUGCCUCUUUCUGCCCAACCUAUAAGGCGGCUCAAGCCUUCCAGCGAUCCGGUCGUUGCAGACAGGUUGGCUCGUGAACACGCUAUGGAUGCUCGCCUCAGGCAUUUCGUCCGGUGGGACUUCCGGGAACCUGACACACGGUUACCGGAACCAGAGGUGCCAAAAGUCUACGUGAUAGACUCGCAAAACCCCAUUCUUCAGGUAUCUGUCUUAAUCGCCAUGCCUUCUCCCAGAUAUCCUUCUUGCAGUUCCUACGACGAUGAAAUACCUGAGAUUGUUGUCGGUGUCGCCCGGCGACCAUAUAUACUUGAAGCAGAUGCAGAGCAGACCCCUUGUUGA